AGCUCGGCUGCAAUUGUCUUCGAUCCGUACACCGUAUACUGUGUCGCGUACCCCAUCCGGUAUCCAACUGCGUUUGUCGUCAUCGUCAUCGUCAUCAUCAACGUUCAGUGCUCGCCCAAGUGCUACAAUGCCGCUCAACUGGAGGCGCUGCCCCAAUGUGCGCCACGCAUACCGGCACCCUGUCCGGGCUGCAUCACGGUCCAGCAGCCGCCGCGGAUGAUCUGCAAGAAGCAAGUGGUCUACACCGAGAAGAUAAUACCCGAACCGAUGGUCGUCAAUCGAUGUCGCCAGAUAACCAUACCCAAGGUGGUGGAUGUGACGCGGGUCAUUCAGGUGCCGAAGCUCGUGUGGGUGUCGCAGAUGGUGCGCGAGCCGCGGGUCAUCUACUAUCCGUCGAUGGUGCCCGAUCCGUAUGUGGUGUGCUAUCCGAAGCGGAUCUGUGAGCCGCGUGAGGUGUGCCAAUCGAUGCUCUGCCAGCCGAAGCCGCAGUUGAUUGAUGUGCCGCCGCCCCGAGAGUUCUGCUGCUACGCCAAUGGGCCGCUCAACUAUGUGCCACAGCCGCCAUGCCCUUGUGCACCAUUCGGACCGUGUGGACCACCGUGCGGGCCAUGCGGACCGUGUGGGCCACCGUGUGGGCCACCGUGUGGGCCACCGUGUGGACCCUGCUAGUAUCAACAUCCCUGCCUCCCAACCCAACCCCUCCGACGUGUGUGCUGCGAUCAAGACAAUUGCAGCUGCCUCCUAGCCCUAGGCCCUCGGCCCUCCGCCCUCCUCUUGGUACUCAUUGGCAUCCCAUCCUCUCUCG